GACACCAUACAGUCCGUCCGUCUCAUUAUCUUCUUUAGCCUUUGAAGCUUUCUCGUUCCUUGUCCUCCGAUUCUCUGUAACCGCUCCCGAGCGCUUUGUGACUGGUUCCGUUUCGUGUGCCGAGCAUUGAAGUGGCGAUGGACGUGAUCUCGAGGACAAGCCCCCUUCUGACCUCCUCCACGCUGAACCCCAACGCCCCGCUGUUCGUGCCGAUGGCGUACCGGACGGUGGAGGACUUCUCCGACGAGUGGUGGGCCCUGGUCCAGACCUCGCCGUGGUUCCGCGACUACUGGCUCGAGGAGCGCUUCUGCGAUCCCCAGGACGACCCUCUCUUCUCCGCCGUCGACGAUUUCGCCCUCCCCGACGACCUCGACUCUCUCUUCGACGACGACUACGAUCAAACCCUCCUCGACCAUGGAAAGGAGGAAGGAAGAGGGUGUUGCGGGGAUCUGGUUUCCAUUGGAGGGUUGAAGUGGAAGGAGGCGCGACGUGAGGCGCACGCGCCGAGGUACGCGGAGAAGGCGCCGAAGAUCGUGAACAACGUGAGGGUGAGCCCCAAAACGAUUCAGCAGCCGCGCUAGAGGUUCGACUCACUGGGUGUAGUUGGAAGACCGAGUCGAGUUCAUUGUGUUUUAGCUGUGAAUUGAAUUUGAUUUCUGCCAUUGCGUCUUACUGCUACUGUAAAUAGAGUCUUGGCUACUUCUUGUGUUUCCGGUCUAGGUUUCGUCUUCUGACUGUGUUGUUUUAGAUCAUGCGAAUGGAAUAUGUACUGAAUUCACCAAUGAAAAUCGGGAAAAAAAAUUGGAAAA